AAAAAUCAGAAGGCUGAUGCAGAAGCACCAACUGCUCAUCCUGUUGAGAUGUCCUGUAGUCCCUCGUUAAUAGAAUCGAUACGUUCAAACUCUGAGAUACAGGGAACCACAAAAAUGAGAAAAAACGGCGCUGCUUCCAGGCAUUUGCUUCCUCUUUCUGAUGAUAAUGAUAGUGAAGAAUCAAGAUCUAUUCAAAGGAAGAGAGUGCUUCCAUCUUGGAUGCUGGAAAAGGACCUCCUGGUUCAGAGGAUUUCUGAGCCUGUAAUGAAAGGAGGUAGUAGAAUGAAAAAAGACCAAGGAAGGGGAGAAAGUAAUAUGGAGUCAUUAAAACCAGAAGUAAAUGUGCAGCAGAAGAGAAGAUUAGCCUCUGAAGAAACUAUAGAGGAUUUUGAAGGUGAAGAGCAAGAUCAAGGGAGAAGGAGCUGUCUUGCCAUCCCUUCAUCUCAGAAUACAUCUGGAUUUCCUCUUGAGAGUACCAUGAGAAACAUGGAAGGAAAUGGCAAGACUGGAACAAAAACCCGUGGAAGUUCUCUGGAAAAAAAUGAUAGGCAGCUGCAUAGUAAAUUGUCCAAAAGAAUAGGUCAGAUCUCCAGUAAAACAAAUAGAAUUGAGGAAACAGAAAACAAAGAGCAGAUUACUGGUUCUACAAGCCAACAAGCUCACUGGGGCAGGACUUCCCAAUAUUUUGGUGCCCAGGAAGGGAUUCUUGAGCCUGAUGCAAAUCUGGAUUACGAGACUGAGAUUUCUGAUUCAACCAGAAGUGCGGAUGCUUCAGAAAGCUCCAAACAGAUCAAGCGUAAGAGGACACCUUGCAUGUAUGGAACAGGCUGUUACAGGAAGAAUCCCAUUCACUUUCAGCAGUUCAGCCACCCUAAUGAUGACGACUAUCAUGAAAUGGAGAUCGUAACUCAGGAUAACAAUGAUAACAGGCCUGAAUGUCCAUAUGGAAUGGCUUGUUAUAGGAAGAAUCCACAGCACAAGCUAGAAUACAAGCACAGUGCACCUCCAGUAACUGGAAGAGGAACCCGACAACGAACUUCAAGGAAUG